GCUCACCACACAGCAGAUACACAGGACGGACUGAGAGUGAGCUGGGAAAAGUGAACUAGAGAAACAGAAUGUAGACAGAUACAAGCAGAGAGAGAGAGAGAGAGAGAUAAACAGACAAACUCAGGGACAGUAAAGAUUAGAGACAGGCAGGCCCAGAGGUAGAGACAGACAGAGACAGUGUACACAGUUCACCUUAACGUAUACUAUUACUGGAUACAGCAGGGGAUGUAAACAGACAGACACACCGUGAGAAAGACAGAAAGACAUCAGGAUGUUGUCCAAAAAGGGGGAGCAGAGGUCGUUCAGCAACGGGCCGCUGAGAGACCAAUGGGAGAAGAGGGCUCAGAGCAUCGCUGACCAGUGCAAACAAGAGGCUGAAUGGAAAGAAAAGAGCUCUGUCAAAAUACAUUACUCAAAGUGGAAUUAUCACUGGUCACUUGUUUCCAACGGAGACUUCAGUAGGCUCACCAGAAAGACAGAUGACGAGGACAAAAACAAGCCGAAAAUUAAAUUCAAAAUCGUCCCUCCUCCUCCCAAGUCCAAACCCGAGCCCCCUUCGCCUCCGCCCCCACCCAGGAGGACAGCUUCUCCCAAACCACGGAGGCCGAAACGCAAAGUCGAGGUGGACGUGUUCCAGCUCUGUUGGAGAGAGUCCUGGAUGAGCCUGAAGCCUCCAAAGUAUCUUUACCUGAAGGCCAAGGAGCUCAAAACCAGAAUCCCAGGUUUCACAACCAUAGAACUGACCAACAACAGGAAGUACAAACCAAAGGCGUACAAGUCAGAGGCUGAAUUGACGUCUCCUAACAAUAAAUGGAGUCACUCCUGGAAACAGGUGAAGAGUCCAGCCCAGUUGGAGCUCUCAGAGGGGGAAAAAUUCCAGUGGGAGGUUUUGUUUGAAAGAGAAUUAUAUUGCAAAGUUGGCAUGGAAGCGUUUUCUCUUCCUGUCUGGGCCGGUACGUGGAAGAUUAUGAACUUCCCCUUCAGACAGCAGAAACAGCACUGGGAUCGUAUCUGGCCUGAUUACCCACAAAACUUCAGCGACAAGUUUGAUGAAUUACAGCAACUAGAGGAGCAGGAGGAGCCUUCAGGCUGGGAGGAGUCAUGGAAACUGUCUGGGGCAGAACUUGAACCACAAGACACCACAGAUGACGAGACAGUAACUGAAACCUCCUGGAGCACCGACGCCACAGCGAUGACGAGGAUAAACGAUGUGUUUGUGCCCGGGUGGAGCAACUCCUGGCUGCUCUCUGCAGCUCCUCCACAGGAGGACGAAGAACGUCGGAAGAGCUGGAGCUCCUGCUGGGGAUACAGGCAGCAGAUCAGGUGGCGCACGGCUUCGCUGGAGUCCCAUCAUCGACACAGCGACAUGAUGACGAGGAGACGUAAAACCACAAACCUCCUCCUCACAUCACAGCUGGACGAUGAGAUCGCAGACAGCUCAGAGUGGACGGAGGCCUGGAGGACUCCUAAAGGACGGAGCCAACAAGAGGAGGAUGAACUGGAGGAGGAAGAAGAAGAGGAGGAGGAGGAGGUGGAGGAGACAAUGGAUGAUGCAGAGGAGGAGGAGGAUGAAGACAAGAACAAUGAGUUAAACGUAAAAGUAGAUGAGGAGGAGAAGGAUGAAGGAGUAGAUGAGGAGGAGGAGGAGGAGGAGGAAGAGGAAGAGGAGGAGAAGGAUGUUGAUGAAAAUGAGGAGUACAAAGAAGCAGACAAGGAUGAGAUGAAUGAAGAAGUACAUGAGGAGAAGGAAGACAAAGACAUUAAAAAGGAAAAUGAGGAGGAUGAAGAAGAUGAAGAGGAUGAAGGAGUAGAAGAAGAGGAGGAAGGAGAGGAUGAAGAGGAAGGGGAAGAUGAGGAAGAAGAGGAGGAGGACGAGGAGGAUGAAGAAGAAGAGGAGGAGGAGAAAGAAGUUAACAAGGAGGAGAAGGACAAAAAUAAAGAAGUUAACAAGGAGGAGAAGGACAAAAAUGUACAAAAAGAUAAGGAGGAAGAGGAGGAGGAAGAGGAAGAAGAGGAGGAGGAAGAGGAAGAGGAGGAGGAGAAAGAAGUUAAGGAGGAGAAGGACAGAAAUGAAGAAGAAGAGGAGGAAGAGGAAGAGGAGGAGGAGGAGGAAGAGGAGGAGGAAGAGGAGGAUGAGGAGAAAGAAGUUAACAAGGAGGAGAAGGACAGAAAUGUACAUAAGGAUAAGGAGGAAGAGGAGGAGGAAGAGGAAGAAGAGGAGGAAGAGGAGGAGGAAGAUGAAGAAGUAAACAAGAAGGAUAGGCACAAUGAAGUGCAUAAAGAUGAGGAGAAGAGGGAUAUAGAUGAGGAGGAAGAUGUAGAGGAAGAGAAGGACGUCCCUGAGGAGGAGAGGGACAACCAAGCACACAGUGAGGAGGACAAACACCUAAACAAAAACAGUGAGGAGGAUGAAGAAGAUGAGAAAGAAGACAGAGAAAUCAAGGGGGAGGACACUGAAGAAGCACAGGAGGAGGAAAAAAUAGCAAAUGAAAACAAAGAGGAGGAGGAGGAGGAAGAAGAUGAAGAGGAGGGUGAUGAUGAAGAAGCAGAUGAGAAGGACAAAGAUGAAGAACAAGACAAAGUAAAAGAGGAGAAAGAUAAGGGGGAGGAUGAAGAACUCAAAGAGGAGGAUGAGGAAAAUGAGAAAAAGGAGAAAGAUGCAGAAGAAGAGGAGGAUGAAGAGGAUGAGGAUGAUGAUGAUGAUGAUGAAGAAGUAGAUGAGAAGGAGGACAAAGCAGACAAGGAGGUGAAAAAGGAAGAGGAUGAAAAAGAUGAAGACGAGGAUAAUGCUGAUGAGGAAAAGGAGGAAGAAGAGGAAGAGGAGGAAGAAGAGGAGGAGGAAGAAGAGGAGAAGGAGGAUGAAGUGGACAGAGACCAGGACAAAGAACAAAGAGAAAAAGAGGAUCAAGUACACAAAAAAGAGGAGGACGAAAACGAGGAGGAGGAGGAGACUGAUGAUGAUGUGACCGCCAACACAGAGGAGGACGACGACCACGAGACGGUGGACGAGAAGGAGGACGACAAAACAGCGGAAGAAGUAAAGGAGGAGAAGAAGUUGUGUAGACGAGUCAAACGUAAACCAGAUGUCCCGCUGCAUCUGCAGUUCCAUAAACUGAACUCCUCCUUCUCCUCCUGGAAGCAGUCGUGGAUGGUGGCGAUGGCUCACAGAGGGGGAGAUGAAAACAAAGAGGAGGAAGAGGAGGAGGAGGAGGGGGAGGAAAAUGAGGAGUGGUGGGCUUGGAAGGAGUCGUGGAGGAUUUGUCGCUGGAAGAGGCCGGACGAGGACGAGGUGGUGUGUUUCUCCACUGAGAACCGGAGCCAGAGACACGUGGGACUGAUGCACGAAGAAGACGGGAUGCCGAAGAGUGAAUGGACUCUCAGCUGGAAGAUGACCAAGACUGCAGCAAAGGAAAAAGACAGUGAAGAGGAAGAGGAGGAGCAGGAGGAAGAAGAAGAAGAAGAAGAGAGUUGAACUUUCCUGUUACUUAAAGAUUGUAGGUUGUGAAUUAGGAUGUGGACAUUUUUAAGAAUGAAAGUUCGAGGGGCUGGGAAUCAAACCUCAACACAGAGGAACUGAAUGUUUCCAUAGCAACGAGUAUUAACAACUACACCAAAGCACCAAAGCAGGCACUGACUGUCUGGUCAGAUUCAUGACCUUGUUCAUACUUUAAUUAGAUACUCAAUAAUGCAACAAAAUUGGAUACACACUCAAUGAGUGUGUGUCUGGGACAGAAUACAUCAUAUCUGUACCUGACAAAGAGACGUAAUCAGCCUGACAGUGACCCAGAGUGGAUGUCUAGGGUGGAAUAAUGAAUGCACCUGGUCUGAGAUCAGUUUUGUAGUUUGAGUGCCUGCACUCCAACAUGGCAACAAUCUGCAACUCCAAAUAUCCUGUGGGUUGAGCAGCAAAGCAGUUCAGAGAUUUAGUUUACUUUAGUUCAGUUGUCUGCACUUGGGUUAAUGAGCUGAGACAUGACAACAUAGCAACACAGUUAAAAAUAGAUCCAGAGGAUGAAGAGAGAAACAUGAUGGGUCAAAUGAUGAGGCAGGAC